CCUCCAACAACCCCUCUGACGUACCUUCCUUGAGAAAUACGAGGAUUCCAGAACUCCACACAGAAACAAAAUCCCUGAGCCUAAGGCAUGUCACAACCUGUUAUGAUAUCAGGUACCAUGGCAAUCUCAGAACCCAAGAAAGAUCGCUGGUGAUUCUCCUCUUCUGUACUGCACUCCACCUCCACCUGCUAACCUCCCCCCUCUAGGACCUAUCUCAACAAUGUUCGCCUGCACAAGGGUCCUUUCGUUGCGGAGGACUUUGAAGGGACCGAGGAAGCGGUGCAGCAGGUCGAGUCAGCUUUCAAAGUUCUGUAAGUACUACUAAGAGGUGAUAAUGUGCUGCAUUGCUAACCAUUUAUUCUACAGAGUCAUGUUAGUUCCCUCCGGAUUUCCGCCCAAACGAACGCAUUGCUAAUCUACAUAACAGCGGAGCAGGAGGACUUGGAUGUGAGAUAUUAAAGAACCUGGCCCUCUCCGGUUUCAAAUGCAUAGAUGUCAUUGAUAUGGGUACACUUUCCCCCCACUUCGUCUGCUUUCGAUACAUUCCAUGUUAAUAACCUCGCAGACACGAUCGAUGUUUCGAAUCUUAACCGCCAAUUCCUAUUUCGAGCCAGCGACGUUGGUAGCUCGAAAGCAGAAGUUGCUGCCAAAUUCGUCGAGAAGCGAGUGAAGGGAGUUACCAUCACCCCACAUAAUUGCAAGAUUCAAGACAAGGACGACGAUUUCUAUAUGCAGUUUAACCUAGUGGUUUGUGGAUUAGACAGUGUUGAAGCUAGACGAUGGAUCAACUCUACCUUGGUCAACCUGGUCGAUGAUAAUAACCCAGAUAGCCUGAAACCUCUCAUCGACGGCGGUACUGAAGGUAAUGAACAUUUGCUAGCCUUUCUUGUCUGAUAUCUAAUGCAGUGUGCAGGAUUCUCCGGUCAUACUCGUACAAUCCUCCCCACUCUUACCUCCUGUAUAGAAUGCCAACUUGAUAUGCACGCACCCCGGCAAGCUGUUCCAUUAUGUACCCUCGCAACGAUCCCACGUCAACCAGAACAUUGCAUUGAAUGGGCACAUAUAAUUGCGUGGGAACAAGAGCACCCUUUCCCAGCUCUUGACAAUGAUGACCCGGAACAUAUCACAUGGCUCUACAAAAAGGCUCUUGCGCGAGCAGAAGAAUUUAAAAUCACGGGUGUGACAUAUUCUCUUACGCAAGGUGUAGUAAAAAACAUCAUUCCUGCCAUCGCCUCCACAAACGCCAUCAUUGCAGCUAGCUGCUGUAACGAAGCCUUCAAGAUAGCCACCAAUACGAACCCCUAUCUCGGACCAGAAGACAAUUAUAUGAUGUAUAACGGCACAGCCUCGAUAUACACGCAUACGAUGGUGCAUGACAAGAAAGACGACUGUCCAGUAUGUGGAAAUUUGGCCAUGGAUUUGAGUGUUGAUCCAAAUAUUACUCUGGAGGAUUUCAUUGCAAGUCUGGCAGAGAGAGCCGAGUCACAACUUAAAAAGCCCAGUAUUCGAGCAGAUACUACUUUGUACAUGCAGAGCCCCCCAAGUCUGGAGGAGCAGACAAGGCCCAAUUUGAUUAAGAAGAUUGGGGAGUUGGUUGGUAAUGGUGACGAGAUUGGUGUCACAGAUCCAAGCUUGGGAACUGUAAACUUCAAAUACAGACUCAACUUCUCGAAGGAGUUCAAGGCGGUGGAGGGAACUGAAUCUUAAUAUUUUGAUAUACUUGAGUACCCGCCUGAAAAGGCCAAAAUCGUUUGAACAAAAGGGGCCAGCUAGGUUUGCGACUUUGGGGGCAUUUCGGAAAUAGAUGGGUGUGGUGGUACAUGAAAAGUUCUAGUAAUAUUAGCUAUUCUUGAGCGAGCGGGCAGUAGGCAGUAUGGAGUCACGGAAUUACGGAGAAAUGAGAUGAAGGAAGCACACUUUUGUCUUUCACUUCCUCGAAACGACGCCAUAAAUCGAGGAGUCUAAGCUACCUAGAUACACUUGUGAAUUCUAUCCCAAUCCACACUACAGAAAAAACGCCUAUUACCACCAACUCAACUCCUAUAAAUGCACUUGCGAUGCCUCAAAAUUAAUCGUGACACAUUAUCUCCCACCUCUACCCAGCACCGGAAUCUAUUGUGGCAAGGCUCUCACUUGUGCCUGCAACGCCUCGGC